AACGGUUAUCCACAAAGGAUGACUAAUCUCCGUCUAAAGCUAAGCAUAUUUCUACUUCCAUUCUUUUUUUCGUUCUUUCUUUGACUACAUGCGCUACAAGUGAAUAACCAUUUAGAACAAUGAAUUUUUGAUAUAUCGUUGACUAAAUAGAUCAAGAAGAUGCGAUAUACGCUAGAUAUCUACUGUUUCUCGGCCAAGACAAGCGAUGGAAGGGGGGGCUUUUUUCAUCCUAUGUAGUCACUUGAUGAAAAAGUGCAAAUCGUUUUGAAGUUGAGCCACACACUCAAGAACGGCGUCAAACAAAUCUAAACCCCUGAGAUCCUCAGAAAACCUUCGGUGUCGGGCUGAAGAUCCGAGGUAAAAACGAUUGGAUCACAUUAUCGGAUAGACCGUGCGAUAGACUACACAGGAUGAAAAAAGCCCUCUUCCAUCGCUAGUCUUGGCGGAGAAACAGUAUCUUUAUUUUUACUCCAUUUCUUGAACGCUGAAUUUUCCAUCGAGCGACUAUAGAAAACCAUACAGAACUCAGAAAGUAAAAGUCCUAGAAGGCUUAAAAUGUGGAUUUAUAGGUUUUCACACAUGCUGAACAAGAUAGAACUAAUUAGAAGCAAAUCUGAGACAUUGAUUGAACACGACUUAUUGUUUCUCUCAUGCAAUGACUCCUAUUUGGAACCAGAAUUUUUAAAAUGUUUAGUUGUUGGCAACAAAGCCUUUCUUCUUUUUACCUUAAAUCAUCGCUUUUAGGCAAGAGGUUUGCGCUACUUUGAGACAGUCAUAACUUUUUCCAAAAAAGUCUUAGUGAAUCGGAUUUAUUUUAUUUUGGAGAGUAUUAAUAUUCUUUUGGGAAAAUGCAAAAAAUCAUUCUUCUUGCCUUCAAAAAAACCUUAAAAUGAAAAUUCUAUACACCAGCAGAAAGUACAUAUUCUAACGUUGCACAAAGCCUAGUUUAAAAAAGAUUAAUAUUUACUUUAUUAAAAAAAAAUAUCUCUUACUCGAAAACGUUUAAAAGUUGAUUAUUUCAGUUUUUCUCAGUAUUAUUUGUUUCUUUUCACCUUCACAUAUUGGAAUAAAACGUUUGAGGCAUUUAUCGUAGAGAAUUUGACGGCGGUUCUUUCAAAAAACAUUAUUUCAAACAAAUUUAGUGAUCGAGAGAAAAAUGAAAAAUACUGAGCGGGUCAUCAGUGCUAUCGUAUCCGUUAGAAACAUGAGAUUGUUUUACUUAGUAUGUUUUUGAUCUUGACUCAUUUUGAUGGACAGUUUAGUAUUAUUUAGAUAGUUGUUUUAAACAACUAUUUUUUCAUUUUGCAUUUGUUUAGUCACUUGUAGUGCAACAACAAAUACCGAUUAUUAUUAAUGAUGACAAAACUGCCGAACCAGUGAAAGAAAAGAAAAAACGUAUUAAUCGAAAAGCAACAAAGAAUGAUGAAUUAAUCGCUUCAGAUAUUGGAUUGCCGCCGAAAAUCCCACUUCGUAGUGAACUUGCCAAAAAAGCUAAUGCUAUUCAAGAACAAUCGACUGUCACUGUUCAGUCGACAGAAACGGUUUUAUCACUCAAUAAUGUACCUGACAAUAUUGAAAUUACGGUGAAACGUACUUCACGUGGGAAACCAAAAAAAAUUGUUGACGAUGUACCACCAUCACUUGCAAUCUCAUUCACACGAUCGAAACGACAAGUACCAGUCGAAGUACCAGUUGAAGUACCAGUUGAAAUUCAACCACAAUCAAGUCGUUAUCCAUCACGUUCGUCAAAAAGAAAACCAUCAAUUACUGUGCAAACAAGUAUUAAUAACAAAUCUCCAAAACGGGGUCGUACGAGAAAACAACUAAGUAAAAAUGAUCGCGAAUCAACAGUAGUAAUAUCAGAUAAAUCACCGAAUGUCCAAUCUACAUUAGCCACGGCAGAACAUCAUACAAAUGCUCAAUUGGUAUUACUCAAACCAAAACGAGCUGCACGUGGGAAACAAAAAGUAUCUAAUAAGAAUAAAUCUUCGUUUGAUAAUGAGCAACAUGAAACUUCACCACUUAAGAUAAACGAUUUGCCAGCACCAAUACCAGAUGCAAGGCAAACACUUAUGCCUCCACUUGAGUUUUCAUUACCGCCGAUUCCUCCAGCCGUUUCACCACCAAAAAACGUUCGUCGCGGACGUAAAAAGACAACAAAUAAUAACCAGAUAUCUCAAGUAGAACCAUCAAAAACAACGCGCUCUCGAGCUAACAAAGAUGAUAAAACAACAAAUAAAAAAGAUGUUCCAGUCGAUGCAAUCACAUUAUCAACUACCACAACUAAUAAAUUAGCUCGAGGAAAGAGAAAACGAGCGGAUAUUCCCACGACAGAUGAUUUUCUUCCGUUUCUACCACCAUCAGGUCCACCGCCAAUUGUUAAAACAUUAGAUAAUAAUGAUAAUAAACACAGUUCUCCUACAGAAGAAUAUCCAUCAGGUACUGAACAGAAUGUUUUAGCGUUGGAAAAACUGUCAACUAAAACUCCUGCACGAAAAAGGCGACUAAUAGCCACUAAUACUCCGCAAAACUCGUCAUCAACCCAAACUGAUAGGCCUGUAAUAGUAUCGUUACCGACUAAUCACACAGACAAAGAUAUGCUAAAAUCACCCGUAACAGUCAAGCGGGCAUCGCGUGCUAAACAAAACAAGGCACAGGUCAACGAAAAUUUAAUGCAAACUCCUCCACCAACUCGAAAACGACAAAUACCAACAAUUGAUAAUCAAGAAAAUUCAAUAAAGACAAAUGCGCCGUCCAUGGUUGAACGAGUAUUGCGCGGUCAGUCGAAACAUGAUCCGAUCAUGAUUGCCAAAACUGCCGGGCGUUAUCUUUGGACACCACCACCUAAUCCAAAACGUAAAAAACCAACAAUCCAAAAGAAAUUAAAUGAUAGUCUUCAAUUGGCUAAUUCAUCAACUGGUCUUCAAGUCCCUAAAACACCGUGUAAAAAGAAAACAAAAGGAAAACGUGCCAAAUGUACUUGUACAAUAUGUAAAGGUUAUAUUUAA